GAUUGGCGUGUCAUAUGCACGCAAAAUUGGCAUUUGGCGUAUGCAUUAUACGCAACUGGAAAGUCUGCUCUAAUGUGUUUCUGCAAGUUUCGCUUUCCGUACGAGUUUCUAUUCAUCAAAACAGAAACAGAUACACACACAUGCACACACGUACAACCUGUAGGACAACUAGUGUGUGUUACUACAGCGUAGUAGUUCCUGUCAUGAGUUCAGUGACAUCAGUAAACAUGCUAUAUCGUGUCAAAUGAAUGAAGCAGUUGGUGCCAAAGACCUAGAUUGGCUUCUACAAGGAUUGUCAGGAACAUGGUGAGAACCCUAAAUAAACUGUCUGAUCUGAGACGGACCAAGUAUGGUCAGCCGCCUCCCAGACACGGUCUGAACUUGUUGUGGUGGUUUGCUCAUUAUUGUGUUCAGAUUGACUCCAACAGUCGUAUGACUGCACAGUGCAACCCUAUAAAUGGAGCGUUUGGCUUUCAUCGAUUCUAUAAUAGGGAUGGACUGCUUCCUUACAGUGACCUACUAUACUAUGAAGUGGGCAACCUGAACACCGCUGGUUCACUGCCUGAUUAUGUCACUGAGAAUUACACUGGAUAUUCAGACAGCAGCAACAAAGAUCGCAUCAUUGUUUCCUUUGACCCAAGGUGGAGAAGAUUUGAGAAGAUUUAUGUGACACAGCACUCAGAUCAGACUAACUUUGACCAGAAUCACACCUACUGCAUUAGCCUUGAUCUUCUGAUGGACAUUAAAGGCUUGAAACGUGAAGACUUCCUCAGAGGACGCACAAAUCGUUCUGAACAUAUAUCCAUAGAUAUACCUCAGUCACUUCAGACAAACACCUGUCAGAGUAUUAGUAAUCAACUCAUACAGGACAUUCGAGACUUGAGCCGUAAAGAAUUCCAAGGAGGCCGAACAAAUCGUUCUGAACAUAUACUCAACCAGACAAACACCUGUAAGAGUUGGAAAUGCCGCUGUGCGCUGAUUGGCUGUGGUCUGCUGGUACUGCUCAUUGCUGGUGUUGCUCUCUAUUUUGGGUUGAAAACUAAAUAGUUUUAAUCUGUUGCAGUUUGUUGUUCUAGCUAAUUUUGCUUCCUUUGAGUCAGUUGCUUAUUUAAAUGAGCUUUAACACAUUUAUUAACAUGUUUAUUAUUAUAGUGUGAUGUUGAGGGUUGCAUGUUUAUCACAGCAUUCUUUUUAAUGGUUCAUUGCAAUGAUGUAAAUAAAUUUUAAGAUGUUAAGACUUUGGGUGACACAUCACAUACGAAUCAUUUUCUAGAUUUAUAAUAAUUUCUGUAUUUUUGUGCUUAUUCUUUGAAAUAUAUUCUUUGUAUUGUCUUGUGUAUAGAACUAAAAAUCCAAAAACC